AUGGCCUCUCAAGGACCUAUUUCCACAGCCUUGACCGAUCUGCUAGGCGUAAAGCAUCCGAUCAUGCUUGCCGGAAUGGACCAAGUUGCAGGACCGGAGCUGGCAGCCGCUGUCACAGCAGCUGGAGGCUUUGGCACUGUUGGCGGAGCCCGCUACACACCGAAAAUGCUUCGAGAAAUGCUGGCAGAACUGAAGUCAGAAUUGAAGAAACGAGGCUGUGAGAACGCACCUUUCGGCGUCGAUAUCCUCCUGCCGCAAGUCGGUGGCUCGGCAAGGAAAACGAAUUAUGACUAUACUCAUGGCCACCUCGACGAGUUAUUGGAUAUCAUCAUUGACAGUGGCGCGAGGCUUUUCGUUUCUGCUGUUGGUGUGCCGCCGAAAUCAGCUAUUGAAAAGCUUCAUAAAGCCAAUGUGCUU